CUUCACCUCACUGACUAAAUCAGAUAAUGAAGUAGGAGGGUAAGAUAGACCCCUGCUAUAAAAGAUGAUGUCCAAGUUACUGAUCUCACCACUCACCAUGUGGCAGCUGUAUCUUUGUCUCCUGGUGGCUUUUGCUGCCAGUGAGAAUGUCAAUUACGAGCCUUUCCUGAACUCUAAAAAGACGUACGAGUAUAAAUAUGAAGGACUGGUACGAGUGGGGCGAGAAAUGCCAGACCUAGUGGAGUCCGCCCUGAAAAUGAGGUGCACUUUCAAAAUCAUUGGGGAAUCUCCACAAACCUUUGUCCUUCAGAUCUCAAAUGUAGACUUUGAAGACUUUAAUGGCAUCCCUGGGAAAGGUGUCUUCAACCCUUCACAAAAACUCACCAAGCGUCUGUCUGCUGAGUUCAGCCAACCAAUUGUUUUCGAGUUCUCAAAAGGACAAGUGACUGAUAUCCGCACGGCGCCUGGCGUCUCGAAUGCAGUAGUAAAUAUUGUGAGAGGUUUACUGGGAUUUUUACAAGUCACGGUCAAAACAACACAAAGUUUUUAUGAACUGCUUGAGUUGGGAAUUCAUGGUGUGUGCCAGAGUAGUUAUACUGUUGAAGAAGACCCCAGUGCCAAAGAACUGACGCUCACUCAGUUGGUUGAUAUUAGCAAUUGUCAGCAACCAGCAGCUUUGUAUCGAGGCAUGGCUCUCGCAACUGAAGACAAACUCAACAAACAGAGGGGUGACAACAUUGUAUCUACUGUGAAAUACAUCUACACAGUGAAGUCCACAGCAGAAGGUGGUCUGAUCACUAAGGCAUACGCUCAGGAACGUCAGUACUUCUCUCCGUUCAAUGUGAAGGGAGGAAACUCCAGAAUGCUGGCAUUACGGGACAUUGAACUCCUCAAAGUGUCUGACACAACAGAUAAAAUAGUGACCGGGCAGGUGCAGAGUAGAGGCAACCUGAUGUACAAGACUGAAAAAGACCUUAAACCAAUUCCUCUUCUGAUGAUCAACCUGAACGAUCCAGUGCCGAAGAUUGUAGAUUUGAUCAAGCGCUUGGCACAAGCUAACAUAUAUCACGUGGAUGGUGAAACCAGUACAGACAUUCUGGAUUUAAUUCAGUUGCUGCGUGUGGCAACUAUUGAUAAUCUGGAGCAGUUAUGGAAGCAGCUUGCGGGAAAUGAUGAGCACAGGAGGUGGUUCCUGGACUUAGUUGUGGAAGUAACAGAUGAGAGAAUUCUCAAGUUUCUAGAGGCCAGAUUUAAAGCAGGAGACAUCACUGCAAAUGAGGCAGGACAGGCUCUGGUAGUAGCUUUUAACCACUUGUCUGCAGAACCUGUGUCAGUAGCAUUAGCCCAGGAGUUCCUGACAAUUCCCUUCAGUAAAUCCCAUCGUCUCCUGUGGAACACUGUGGUUUUAGCAUAUGGUUCUCUACUGUACAGAUACUGUGUUUAUACUGAUCCUUGUCCUGUCACAGUAGUGCAGCCGUUGCUGGAUAUGGCUGUUGGUGCACUGGGUAAAAACACUGAAGAGGACAUGGUUCUUGCCCUGAAGGCUUUAGGAAAUGCAGCUCAUCCCUCCAGUAUCAAGACUAUCCUAAAGUUCCUCCCAGGAUACUCAGUCGGAGCUGAAAAACUUCCCACCAGAGUACAGGGAGCUGCUGUCCAAGCUUUCCGACUGCUUGCAAGUAGGGACCCCCACAGUGUACAGGAUAUUGUCCUGAGCCUCUUUGUACAGAGGACUCUUCCAGCUGAAGUCCGAAUGCUGGCCUGCAUGGUGCUUCUAGAGACCAAGCCAUCCAUAGCUCUGGUCUCAGUAAUAAGUGAGGUUCUCCUUGAAGAGAAUGACCUGCAGGUGGCCAGCUUCUCCUACUCUCUGCUCAGAGGCAUUGCCAAGUCCAAGACUCCUGAUAAUCAACAUCUAUCCACUGCCUGUAAUGUUGCCAUGAAAAUUCUCUCACGCAGACUCGGUCACCUGAGUUACCGUUACAGCAAGAAUGUGCACUUAGACUGGUUUCAUAAUGACUUUUUGUUUGGAAAUUCCAAUGACCUUUAUAUACUGCAAAAUGGAUCAAGUCUCUUACCCACAGAACUAAUGUUAAAGGGGAAAGUUCAUUUCAUUGGGAGAAUACUGCAAUGGCUUGAGUUUGGUGUCCGCGCAGAGGGAAUCAAAGAGCUGCUAACAGGACAACUCCCUCAGCUUGACAAAGAUUUUGGAGUCACUGAUUUUGCUGCUAUAUUAAAAAUUCUCUCUGACUGGCAAAACCUCCAAAAAGACAAGCCUCUUUUAUCAGCGUAUGCACGUGUGUUUGGCCAAGAAGCCUUUUGGAUGGACUUUAGUGGAGAGUUUAUACAGAGCAUUGUAAAGUCACUUAGUCCUUCCGCAGGGAAAGAAAGCUCUGUUUGGGAAAAGAUUCAGAACGUUCAGAAAGGAACUUCCUGGCACUGGACCAAGGCCCACCUUGUGUAUGAAGCUCGAUUCAUACAGCCGACUUGCCUGGGACUUCCAGUGGAAAUUAGCAAAUAUUUUCCCAUUGUAAAUGUUGUUACAAUGAAAGCUAAAGCUGAAAUGAAUCCUCCACCUAAGGAACAUCUGGGUGAGCUUCUAAGCUCAGAUAUCUCCCUGCAGACAGAUGGCUUUGCUGGGGUGACAAAGGAUCAUUUUGUCUUUCAUGGAAUCAACACGGAUCUCUUCCAGUGCGGAAUCGAACUAAAGAGUAAGGCAGUAAUCGGCAUGCCAUGGACAUUUGGCUUAAAAAUAAACAUGAAGGAGCGGAAGUAUGAAUUGAAUUUGACUCCGAGCAAAACACCCACCGAGUUGAUUUCAUUCAGUUCCAAUGUGUAUGCUGUGGUGAGAAACAUUGAGGAUCCAUCUGCUGCUAAAGUAACUCCUAUGAUGCCCGAGGCAGAAGCCUCACAGCAGAGCCUGCCACUGGCCAGAAGAAUAUUACCCACCUCCAGGGAUGAACAGAAUGAGGACUCUGAGGUAAAGAUCAAGCAAUGCGCCGAGUCCAAGAUUUAUGGAACUGCAAUCUGCAUUGAAGCAGAAGCCAAGCGAUCACAUUACCAUCAGGAAUAUCCACUGUACUACUUCCUGGGACAUACACGGUUUUCAUGGCAGCUUGAACCAGUUAAAGGAGCCAAACCUAUAGAUAAGAUUCAGAUUCAGGUCAACACAGGUAGUAAACCUCCUCCACACGUCGGUGAAGUGAUGGACGUCAACCACAGAAUGCUCAAGGACAUGAGAGAUAAGUCAAUCUUCUCCUGUGGAGAAAACAGUCUGUCCGGCUUAACCACAGCAUCUGAGGUUCUUGAUGUUACCCCAGAACCCGUUGCCACAGUUAAAGCACUUGCUCUCAGUCAGGCUGGAAAGCCGCUGGGCUAUGAGGGCGUAGCCUUUUAUUUGCCAACAGGCCAGAGAGAUGACAUUGAAAUGAUAGUAUCUGAAAUUGAAGAAGAAGCCAACUGGAAAAUGUGUGCCAAUGCAAAUUUGGAUAAGAGCCAUUCAUCAGCUAAGGCCCAUCUCCGAUGGGGUGCAGAGUGUCAGACUUACGACAUAUCUAUGAGGGUGUCUACAGCGUGUCAACCAGAGGCUAAACCGUCAUUGUACACCAAAAUAACCUGGGGGUCCCUGCCCUCAAUGUUCACGGCAUUCAGUCAGAGGAUUGAAGAAUAUGUGCCUGGGAUGUCUUAUCUUAUGGGCUUCUCCCAGAAACAUGAGAAAAAUCCAGAACGUCAAGCAUCUGCCAGUUUUGUGGUCUCCUCACCACAGACCUUUGACCUGAAACUGAAAGUCCCUGAGCGAACAAUCUACAAAAGGACAAUUCCUUCAAUGAUUGAACUUGUGGGUUUUGAAAAAGCAAACAUGACCAUGUCAACCUAACAGGUCAAUUCAGGUUGAUGUUGCAGAUGACCUGGACGACCAACAUCAGAGAAAAGAGAUCAUCUAAUUAUUCUGAAUCAUUUGUAUAUUUUUGACAUUGCCUAUAGUUAUGUGUUUAAAGGGAUAGUUCACCUAAUAAAAGAAAAUUCUGUCAUCGUUUACUCACCUUCGUGUUCUUUAAACCUGUUUAAGCUUCUUUCUUUUCUUAAAAAAAAGAAGAUAUUUUGAUAAAUGAUUGUAACCACAUAAUUGACAGUAUCCAUUGACUGCUGUAGUAGGAAAAAGUCAAUAAGUACGUCAGCUGUAGUUACAAUCAUGUAUCAAAACAUGUUAUAAAGAAACUUAUACACAGAAUAAAGAAACUCAUACAGGUGGUUGGUAAAUGAUAGAUUUUUCAUUUUUAUGUGAACUACCCCUUUAAGAAAUUCUCAAAAAUCUGCAUAUUCAAAUGUAUGCUAGUAUUUACUGUGGAAUAUACAACAGUACAAAUGAAGCAUACAAUGUAUCCUGCUUUAUCUAUCACUUAUGAAUCAACCAGCUGUUUUAGGAUUAAUGCUUAAAUUCCAGUUUAGGAUGUCCCUGGAACCAGAAUGAUUCUAAUAUCAGAAAUUUAGCAUAGACAAUACAUACAAUAUGUCGUAGUGGAGAAUGUAACAUGGCUUGCUUCCAAGUAGAUAAAAUAUAUUAAAUCUCUCUGAUUAA